AUGUUUGUGCCUUCCUUUUUCUAUUGUCUUUCGCAUUAUAUAUCCCUCAACUGUCUUGAUGGAAUUUCUCUUCCAUUUUUUCCAUUUCUCGAAAAAUUUAUAGCAAUAACUACAAUUCCUUUUUAUUUUUUUAUUUUACGAAGACAACGACCUUCAAUCCAAACUUUGACAAUUUUAAUGUUUAUUUGUUUUGGAUCUGCUUUGGCUUGUAAAUUUGCCUUAAUAAAUUUAAAAAAAAUAUUUUUUUUAGCUGUAUUUGAAAUAAGUUAUGAUAUUUGGGGGUUAGCCUACUCUCUUGGAGCUUUGGCUAUGCAAACUUCAAGUUUAGUUUUAAUUGAAAAAGUCCGGGCACAAAUGGAUAUGUCUGUUGUGGAAUUAAUUUAUUUAAAUAGUUUCAAUUGUCUUUGUCUAUUUUUGGUGGCGGAUAUUGUCCAGGAUGAAUUGAGGGAUGCUUAUUCAUAUUUACAGGUAUUACAAAGCAAAUUACAAAUUGUAAUUUUGCUUUUCCGGAAUUGUAAUAUACCUAUAAGCAUUUUUCUAUAA